AGCGUUCCCGCCCGCAGUUCAAACGGGGAAAAUGGCGGGGGCUCCUGUGUUGGUGGUCCCUUCCCCUCCGCGGGACGCGGAGAGAGUGGCCGGGGCGGACGACAGGGCCUCGGUCGCCGCCACCUCCCGAGAGGACUUCCGGGUGCGCUGCACCUCGAAGCGGGCGGUGACGGAAAUGCUAGAACUGUGCGGCCGCUUUGUGGAAAAGCUCGGGGACGCGCUGCCAGAGGAGAUUCGGCAGCCUGCGCUGCGAGAUGUGCAGUGGACUUUUGAAUCAGCUGUGCAAGAGAAUGUCAGCAUUAAUGGGCAAGCAUGGCAGGAAGCUUCAGAUAGUUUUAUGGAUUCUGAUAUUAAAGUACUUGAAGAUCAGUUUGAUGAAAUCAUAGUAGAUAUAGCCACAAAACGUAAGCAGUAUCCCAGAAAGAUCCUUGAAUGUGUCAUCAAAACCAUAAAAGCAAAACAAGAAAUUCUGAAGCAGUACUACCCUGUUGUACAUCCAUUGGACCUAAAAUAUGACCCUGAUCCAGCCUCUCGUGUGGAAAAUUUGAAAUGCAGAGGAGAAACAAUAGCUAAGGAGAUCAGUGAAGCCAUGAAGUCCUUGCCUGCAUUAAUUGAACAAGGAGAUGGAUUUUCCCAAGUCUUAAAGAUGCAGCCUAUUAUCCAGCUCCAGAGAGUCCACCAAGAAGUCUUUUCUGGUUGUUGUAGGAAACCAGAUGUUACACCUGAGAGCUUUAUAACACAAAUAGAAACCACACCAACAGAGACUUCAACCAGGAAAGCCACUGACCUGGUCUUGAAAAGAAGGCGAACUAAAGACUGCCCCCAGAGAAAAUGGUAUCCACUACGGCCAAAGAGAAUUAAUCUUGACACGUAAGCUCUUGUUUGUCUUGAGAGUUGAAAUUUGGCACUGUCAACAUUUAGAUUACAGCCCGAUUCCUAGACAGGAAAAGACAAAUAACUCUUUAACUAGUGAUUCCUUUGUACAAAUAUAGUAGCUCUAUGCUGGGAUAUAAUGUAAUAGUUGUAUUUCCUUAUUAUUUCGUCUUUAGUAGAUGAAAAGUAUAUUUUUUGAAUAUUGGCACAAAGCCCAUUAGUGGGCAUUAAGAGUGCAAGCUUAAAUGUCCUUAAAUGUAAUCAACUCUUGGCUGCCUUACAGCUUUUGUGGAAUAUCAUGAGUAACACAUUCUAUUGGAUUUCUAGUAUACAUCUUUUAAAAAGAGCAGUAUCACAGUUGUCUCUAAGUGCUAAAAGUAAUCAUCAGUUCUGUUUAGGAGCUAGGAGCAGAUAAAGUCCCCCCCCCCCAGUGCAGUUUGAUUUAUCACAUUGAUAUGCAGAUAAGAAGACUGGCUUUGACUUUGUUACUCUAAAUUCAGCUAAUUUGGAUUUGUGGUAUUAUUUUUAGGAUUUUUUUGUUUUUGUUUUGUAAGACAGACGACUUAAUUAUGUAAGACUUUUUCUUAGAAAUAAAAAUUGGCAUGUAGCCAAUGUUUCUUUCCACACUUAUUUUCUACAGGCCUUUCAACUUGGUACUAAGGGUUUCUUUUCAAGAUUUCUCAUAUCUUUGUACAUGAUUGCAGUUCAAAAAUAUAUAUUGGAUUAAAAAUUAACAAAUUGUCAUUGUGGAACAAAUAUAGAUGCAAUCAUACUGAACUAUUUUACGUUUUUUUUUUUAAUUUUUUAUUGUUAUGUUAAUCACCAUAAGAACUAUUUUACGUUUAAGGAUGUUUAUUUAUCAAGGAUGUUAUUGGUAGAACGCUGAGGAAGCUAUAUCGCCUAUAGCUCUAACAUUUCACUAUAGUUAUAGCUCUUACUGUGUCUCUUCCUCACAUUAGUACAAUGUAGGCAGGGCCAUCCAACUUUUCUCCUUUUCUCCUUUGAUGACUGUAUAACUUCAUUCAUUUGCAGAGGAAUUUACUAAUCAUGACGUUGGGAAAUCUGUACUUCUUAUUUACUAUGUCUUACCAAUCAAAUAUCUAAAUGUGAUAGAAAGUGUGUCUCAGUGAAAAAAAUUUACAAAGCCACUUUAUUGCACUCUGUAUUUUAAUUUACAAUUUUAGAUCUGUAUAUCUGUAAUAACAGUGUGUUUUUAAUUAAAAUAAUGUACAAA